AUGAGCGCCCAUCCCGGUCCGCAGCUCCCCUCCCCCGCGCACAUCCAGGCCGACUCGAUGCUCGCCCGACGGUUUGGCAGGGAGACGGUCAACUACUUUUCCAAGCACCCGUUCCUCGCCGCCGCGCUCAAGCACCCCUCCACCCGCUUCAUCCUGCUCAAGGACCUCGCCCCGCUGACCCAGUCGCCCGCUGAGCUCUACUACGCCCAGUAUGAGGAUGUCCAGAAGCUGGUGCCCGCCGAUAUCUACGACAAGUCUGAGGAGGAGAUGAUCCGCGACUACGACUCCCGCCGAACCGUCCCGCAGCUCGUCUUCCUCGGCCUGGACGAGUCCGACAAGGACGGUACCAUGGAAUGGAAGAUCUACAAGGGGAGGCCGUACUUCGCUCUGGACGUGUCGCAGAGAGGAAACGAGGAGCAGCAGGCUCAUGCCAAGGAGCUGGUCGAGGCCAUGGAGGCGAAGGGGCUGACCUUUCUCAAGGCGCGGAUCCAUAACACGCUGCCGGCUGAUCAGGCCGCCAUCUACGCGCAGGGCCGGGCGCUCAUCGACUGGAACACGCGCAACACCUUCUGCGGCACCUGCGGCCACACGACGCUGUCGGUCAACGCGGGCACCAAGCGGGCAUGUCCUCCAACCGACGCGGCGCUCGCAGCGCAGGGCAAAUCGCCAGAGCGACCGCCCUGCUCGACGCGCACGACCCUGUCCAACCUCUCGUUCCCCCGGACCGACCCGACCAUCAUCGUCGCCGUGCUGUCCGCCGACGGCCAGCGCAUCCUCCUCGGCCGCUCCAAGCGCUUCCCGCCCAACUGGUACUCCACGCUGGCGGGAUUCGUCGAACCCGCCGAGUCGGUCGAGGACGCCGUGCGGCGCGAGGUCUGGGAAGAAGCCGGCGUGACGCUGUCGCGCGUGGUGAUCCACUCGUCGCAGCCGUGGCCAUACCCGGCCAACCUGAUGAUCGGGGCGAUCGCGCAGGUCAGCGAUCCGGCCCACGAGAAGAUCAGCCUGGCGCAUGACCCGGAGCUGGAGGAUGCCAAAUGGUUCCCGAUCGCCGAGGUCGAGGAGGCGCUGAAGAACGGCACCAGUGGGAUAGGCGAGCCGCCCGGCCCGUACUACAAGGAAGGGAACCUGCGUCUGCCUCCUCCCACGGCCAUCGCCAACCAGCUCAUCCAGUCAGCCAUCAACCAAGACUAUAUCAGCGAUAAGACCUCGAAGAUGUAA